AUGCUUGCUCAUUUUAUUAUUAACCCAAGAACACAAAUGUUAGCUGUUCUAAUAUUUCUGGGAUUUUUAGCAUUUUCAGCAAAUGCUGAAAAUGAUAAGGUUUUUUAUCAACCAGCUGGAUUAUAUGUUAGAUUAAAUCAAAAAGCUGUCGAUUAUAUGAGUGGUUAGUUUAUCUCAUAAAUUUAGGGAGAAAAAAGGAUUUUAGAGUUUUUUUUUCAUAAUUUUUACGCCGUAAAUGCGGAGUAUCGUAGUUUUUUUUUAAAAUUUAGUUCCUAAAAGUGUAAACUCGCAAUAUUUUAGUUCAAACGAUGCUCCGUAUUACGGUGGGCUCUGGGCUGUACUGUACCUCUUCUAAAUUUUUCAGAAAAAAUAAAAGGACAACCAGCGUAGGUUUAUUUAUCUUCUCUCUCUCUCCCAAAAAUAUCUAUUUUAAGCUACAGUAAUCAUAGCCAACUUGAAAACAAAAUUAAUUGGAAAAUAAAAAUAAAUUGGGCAAAAAACUUUUAUAGAGAAAAAAGGAACCCAUACCGUUUUUCAACUAAAAAUUAUUUUCCAGAACUUGCAUCCCAAGCUGUGCCAGAAAUUCUGAACAACAUGAGUCCCCCUUUAAUCGAAGUCAAUGAAAAUGUGAAUAUUUCGAAUCUCCACAUUUCAAAAGUGACAAAACCCGAAAUUCAAGCAAAAUUCAUCGAAGGUCGAGGUGUUCGCUAUAAUAUAAGUCUCUCGAAUUUCCAAGCUUCCGCGCAUGCUUCAAUCAAAUUUUUCAUUUUUGAGUAUGAGGGAAGUUUUAUCGCUGAGUUACGUGGAUUACACGUGGUUUCGGAAUUAUUAUUCGAGUUUUUGAAUCACACAACACAUGUUACCGUAAGUUCUGGAAGCAAUAUUUUUAAAAAAAAAUAAUUUGAAAUGUCACAGGCCCCAAUCUGCAACGUCACUCAUCAUGAUUUAUCAAUUUCUAUGCCACCAGAUUCUCAACUUGUCUCAAUUCAAGGAGAAAUCAAGGGCCAAGUUAGAUACUUACAAACUUAUUUCAAAUACCAAAAUAAAUAUAAAAUUCAGAUUCUGUCUGCUCUUCAAGGAGCCAUUUGCACCACAGCAGUUGAAGCUCUCACUUUUCUAAUGGCUCACAAACCUGUUCAACCAGAACAUCCAGAUUAUAAAAAACCGGAAGUGUCAACAUCUACUGAUGGUUUCAGUAUGGCUGAACUUGGAGCUUCUCUUUGUGAAUCGCAUUCAGCUAAAGAAGAGGAAGAUAAAUCUGAGGAGGAAAUCGAAUCAACAACAACUCCAGCACCUGAAGAUCUUUUAGAUGUUGUAGCUGAAAAUUCGACAGCAAAACCAUUCUGGGAUGUUGAUCUUUCUGUUAAUCAUCCACCAACUUUCUCCGAUAAUGUAAAUAAGUUUUCCCUGAUUUGAAAAUGAGUACUUAUAGUAACCCAAAUGUUUCUUUAGGAUAUGAUAAUUGGAUUGGAUGGUGGAAUAAUGUAUAAUGGUUGGAAAGCUGAGUCAGCUCAUUUGCCACAUGUUUUGAAUAAAACCGCGUUGGAUAAAGGGAUGAUUGGAAUUCUUUUGUCGGAAUAUAUUCCAAAUACACUUUUCCACCAUGUUUUUAUGAAUGAUUUGGGAUCAUUUAGACAUAGGUUGGUUUGGGGCCGAAAAUUGGGCUCUUGUGGAUUUCAGGCCCGAUUCAAAAUUGUUCAGAUCUGGCCCGAUGGCGAUUUUCGAUCGGACCAUAGCAAUCGGGCCGAGUCCGGUUUUAGAGAAAAAUUCUGGUUCGGGCUUGAAAAAUCGAUUUUUUUUUUUGGGCCCUGUUGGCCAAUUUUUGGGUCCGGUUCAAAUUGUUCUCAAAAAAUCCGACCUGCUUCCAUUUCUUUUCAGUUUUAUUUUGAAAAUCUAUAUUUCAACGAGAUAAUGAACAAAAAUCAAGAAAAUUUCAAUUACUUAAACAAUUUUUGAAACAGUGAAUUUUUUUUGAGGUUGAAAAUUUUGAAAUUUUGUACUUUCAGAUUUUCUAUUCAAAACUAAAUUUUUGAGCGAAUAAGUUUGAUUUUUUGCGUCACAAUAUUCACGAAAAAAAAACAAUUUUUGAAACAGUGAUUUUUUCGAUUCAAAAAAUCCCAAUAAUUCAGAUACGGCCCAAGCAGUCUCCCAAAAAUCCUUCAAAAACUCUCCAAAGCAGUUUGCUCAAAAUGCUACGUUGAAAUCUCCGCAAAUUUGACAGAGUAAGUCUAUCAAAACUGGAUGAUAGCCAGUUUUUUUCUUCACAUACAGAUGGUUUAGACAGCCACGUCUUCAAAUUGAUGCAAGUCUUGGAGCUCGAGUUCAAUUGAGUGGAAAUGUUUCGAUUAUGUUCAAAGGGAGAGAAGAACUUCACGAUGUUCUUCAUGCCAAUACUAAAUUACAUGUUACGGUAAGCCUUUAAAAAUUGAAUUUUUUUAGUUCGAGUUUUUUUUCAGUUGAAACCAACAAUUCGACAUUCGAGAAUUUUUGGAGAAGUCUCUCUGACAAAUGUUGAUGUCAAUGUGUUUGAUGUAAGUUCCCCUCUAAUAAACAUCUAUCCAAAUUCAUGAUUUCCAGCUUGGCAUCGGUGGCCCACUCGCAGCUCCAAUCGAAAAACUCUUCUCAUUCAUUGUCCCACGAGUUCUCUGGCCCCAAGUCAAAAAGCGCCUGCGAUUUGCGAUGAAUCGAAGAGGCAUCAAACUUCCCGUGUUUUGUGGAGUUGAAUUAGAACACACACAAUUGGAUUUUGUGGAUCACGCGGUUUUGAUGAACACUGAUUUCAAAUUCGAUCUUCCGUUAUUUGUUAGGAAGUAUAAGAAAUAUUUGGAAAUCAAGGCGAAAAGGAAUCCAAAUAUGUUGAAAUAUGUUUUGAUGUGA